AUGAUGACGUUUGGGUUCCUCCUGCUGCUUCUUCCGCUCUGUUACGGCGGGUACUUGUCCUCCGACGACAUCCUAAGGAAUGUAAAGAAGGCACAUCCCGACCGCACUUAUGUGAAACUAAGUGGGGAUGACUUCUUAACCUACGCUGCUAUUGCAAUCGUUGGGAACGAAAAUGGGCCGAUCAACGAGUUGAAACGUAAGACAAUUAUAUGCGCCCGGCCACAACUGGAUAGGGAACAAAAACGUCCCAUGCGCAAGUGGUAUCCCAAAAAGGGCUAUUGUACGGUGCAAAAAGCAGGAAAUUGCAUAGUGCAAAGCAAAAAUUUUUUCACACUGUGCAGCCAAAAUCAUACCAGCGACUUUGCGAACGAGCAAAUAUUCCAAAAAACGUACGUUUUGAACGCAGUAGGAAUAGAGAUGGCAAUCGGGCCAGGCCGUUUGUUUGCAACUUCUACAGUACCUUCUUUUUAGUAAAUCGCUCCACUAGCUUCGCCGAUGCAUCUAUUCAUCAUAACGAAACCUUUGAGGUAUGUAGGUGUUUUUUUAACUUUUUUGGCUCACCAUAAGCACUUUCUUGCAGGCCGAGGAACACUAUUUGAUUUUUCCUCAACAUAAUUAUGAUGAAUUUUUCCACAAGACGUUUCAACUGUCACCAAGCGGUCGUUACAGAAAGGUCGACUUUGAACACAGCUACUAGUAAAAACAUUUAACGUAUAUGAGUAUCUUUAUAGCUUCAUCCGUUGCCAAACAAUGGUCAGUAUGACUCCUCAGCUUCGAGAGCGUGUUUUUGGUUUACAUAACUACAUCAGCAUUAAUCAGACGCAUGCUGUUAAUAUAAUCGAUGCCGACGACUGUAACGUCACCGACUUUAACCAGGCAACAAAGACUUUUAAGUACGAUGAUAUAUCUUCUGAUUUUUCGAAGCAAAUUCGUGACACUUAUGAACUUUGCUGGGUAGGUGUCGUCAAGUCCAGCCUCUGUUAUUCUCUAGGACCCCAAAAACCCCGACAAGUACUGUGUACAGGAUAAAUACGCUAAUGAACUGGUCCUGGUUCCUCGCAAACUUCCGAUCUACCACACAUUGAAUGCAACUGUCUACGCCGAAUGUUGUGGGGGAACUUGGAAGUGUGACAAGUACGGUUCCCGAUGCUCCAACUUCAUCUACGACCACAUUACCGGGUACGCGUUUCGCAUUCGUUUCAUGCUUAUGAAAACGUUACAUUUCCAGUGUAGACUAUUACUUUGACGAUCAGUCCGACUGGACCAUCGACAGCUUCAAACGACCGCUGUUCCUGAUUGCUGAGAUCACCAAUAGUACCAAGUUCCAUACGGUAACGCGGAAAAACUAUAAGACUUCUACUACUACAACGACCACUACUCCCGCUCCAAAGUCUGCGCCACCGCAGCCGUCUGGAAAUUGUUGUGGAAGAUUCUCCUUCUUCUUUGAAGCAAUUUUUGGCUGA